AUGACUCCAACCACUGUUUCCAUCAUCCUCGCGUUGCUCUCAUAUGGCAUCUAUCGUAUACUCCAAACUGGCAGGCGGGAUCCGCGCAUGCCCAAGGGGCCGCCGACACUUCCUAUCAUUGGGAAUCUGCACCAGAUUCCUAUGACCGGAUUCUACAAGCAACUUCGAGAAUGGGGCAAGGAAUACAAAGGCAUCUACUCUCUCAAAUUCGGCUCCACCAAUGUGAUAGUAUGCGCGGAUCGAAAGAGCGUCCACGACAUGGUCGAUAAGAAAGGGUUGAUGUAUGCGGAUCGGCCAUUCAGCCAUGUCGGACAUAUGAUUACGGGUGGUGAUCAUAUGGUGCUGUCUAGCAAUGACCCCCUUACCAGGGAAAAGCGUAAAGUCACGACGCACAAUCUUUCGCCAAGGAACAUCGACGAAAAGGUCGCUCCCAUUCAGGAGUCGGAAAUAACCCAGUUGAUGUUCGACUUCCUGGAGAAACCAGAAGACUUCUACAAACAUCUUCGUCGGGUAACGUCGUCGAUUGCUUGUACGCUGGUCUUCGGUCAGCGGGGUGCAACCUAUGAUUCGUUCUGGGGAUCUCUUAUACUUUCGCAGUUCGGAGAAUGUCUAGAGCCAGGCGCCAACCCACCAGUCGAUGAAUUCCCGAUCUUCAAAUAUUGGCCGGCCCGUCUGACCCCCUGGCCCAACUGGCAAACACGGGCACUGGGUUCUCGGGACUGCUUCGAUCGCAUAUGGGGUAAGGCUCGCGAGUUUGUCGAGGAGAGGAGACGGUCCGGCAUCAAGCGCGAUUGCGUCGCAGAUCAGCUAUUGGAUACGUACGAGGCCAAAGGCUUCCCGUUCAGCCAACAUGCCGUCAACAUGCUUCUUGGAGAGAUGGUGGAGGGUGGUGCGGAGACUACGAGUUCCAGUCUGUUGACAGUGGUGUUGGCGUUGGCGAUAAACCCCCAGUAUCAAGAGAAGGCUAGGAAGGAGAUCGACGCUGUUUGCGGGACAGAAAGAUCACCAACCUGGACUGAUUUCAAAGACUUGCCGUAUGUCAACUGCAUCGUCAAAGAAGGCAUGCGAUAUCGUCCUGUCAUUUCAAGUGGCCUUCCUCAUCGCAACAAUGCCGAAGACACAUACGAGGGCAUGCUCAUCCCUAAAGACUCCAUGAUCUUUGUCCCCGCCUGGGCCCUCCACCACAACGAGAACAACGGCUAUGACGAUCCUGACACCUUCAACCCCGACCGCUUCCUCAACCAUCCCAAGCUUGCAAACGACUAUGCCGGGUCUCCGGACUACAACAUGCGCGAUCACUACGGGUACGGGGCUGGACGCAGAAUGUGCCCAGGGAUCCACCUCGCGGAAAGGAAUCAGUUUAGGAUGGUGUCGAAGCUCUUAUGGGCGUUUGAGAUUAGAGAGCCUUUGAAUGAGAAGGGGGAGAGGGUGCCGCUAGAUCCCGAGGCGUAUGAGUCGGGGUUGCUGCAUGCACCGCUGCCGUUCAAGUGCGAUAUCAAGGUCAGGAGUCAGGCGCAUGUGGAUACGAUUCGGAGAGAGAUGGCGGAGGCUAGGAAGUUCUUUGCCAAGUGGGAGUGA